AUGACUCUAUCUACCAAGUUGACUGCUGUUGCAGCGGCUGCGGGCGCCUUGUUUCCCAUCGCGGCUGCAAAGACUUCAGGCCCGUACGAAGCAACAUGGGAGUCAACUGACAAACACAACGCCUCACCUGAAUGGUUUCGCGACGCCAAAUUCGGUGUUUACUGGCACUGGGGUGCUUUCACGACCCCUCAGUACGCUAGCGAGUGGUAUCCACGCAACAUGUAUGAGCCAGGCUCAGACCAACGCAAACACCAUACCGAGACUUACGGGCCCCCCGAGGAAUGGGGGUACUCGAAUUUCAUCAAUGGUGCUGAUGAUCUCAAAGGAAACUUUGUUCAAUUCAAGCCUGUUCUUAGCUCAAAGGGUGGAGAGUUUGACCCCGAGGCUAUCAUCAAAGCUGUCAAGGCUUCGGGUGCAAAGUUCGCGGGCCCGGUCGGUGAGCAUCAUGAUGGCUACUCCAUGUGGGAUAGCAAGGUGAACGAGUGGAACUCGGUGAAGCGAGGUCCCAAACUAGACUUGGUCAAGCUAUGGGCUGAUCUUGUUCGCAAGAACGGUAUGAAGCUCGUGGUGGCCAUGCACCAAGCCUACAACUACAACGGCUUCUAUGAAUGGGCACCAAAGACCAACGACACAAGCUUGAAGAAGUUACUGGGUCAACUAUCCCGAGAAGAAUCAGAUCAACUCUGGUUCGACAAACACCGAGAGAUGCUAGACCACGUGCAGCCUGACAUCAUCUGGAACGACUUCUCACUCGACAGUCCUGGCUACUGUGCUAACUUUGAUGGCCCAUGUGCUGUUGCUGAGAAGAAACGGUUAGGGUUCCUCGCAUACUACUUCAAUCGCGCUGUUGAGUGGAACAAAGAGGUUGUCACGACUCAUAAGCAUUUUGACGUGGGAUUCCGCGACACGUCCACCGUCAGUGAUUAUGAGCGUGGUGGGCCAGCUAACAUCACGCGUCCCUAUUGGCUGACUGAUGAUGCGAUCAGUUCUUCAAGCUGGAGCUACACAGUCGGCAUCAAGUACUAUUCCUCCAAGGCUAUGGUCCACUCGCUGCUUGAUCGUAUCAGCAAGAAUGGCAACAUGCUUCUCAACAUUUCACCCACUGCAGUGGGUGUUCUGCCUGACGAGCAGCUCAAGGUCUUGCAGGAUAUCGGAGACUUCCUUGGCCGUUACGGGGAGGCCGUCUUCAGUACUCGUGCUUGGGAUAUUUAUGGCGAAGGGCCUAACCAAGUCACUGGUGGGUCUUUCACGGCACCUUUACAGGGCAACAGCAGUGACAUCCGUUUCACGCGUAACAAAGAUGCCAGCGUUCUUUACGCCACGGUUCUUGGCUGGCCUGACGAUAAGCAAGUCUCUAUCGGCAGUCUUGGCUCCGAUGCCUUGGUCGAUCUUCAGAGCCUCAAGUCUAUCGAGCUUCUCGGCGACAAGGCCGGCGAAUACGAAAAGGUCUCUGAUUGGAAGCAGACCAAGGAUGCCCUUGAGAUUUCGCUGCCAGCUCAGCCAGCUGAGUCACUCGCUUAUGUCCUCAAGUUGACCUUUGAUGGUGGAAUACCCGUCCCCCAGCCCAACAUUGGUGCCUCCGUGUUCUCUGCUACGAGUGCGACCGGUCGGGGUGUUAGUCUUGGGCUCGGUGACUUCAACGAAGAAUUCUUGACUGAGGCAGGACUGAAGCCUGACGCUAUUCGUUUUAUCCGUGUUUCUUCUGGAACCAAGCUGACUGUGUAUUCGGCGGGCGAUUUGUCUGGUGAUAGUAAGGAGCUUGAUGCAGGCGAACAUAUGUUUGAGGAGGGGUCCGUAGGGUCCAUCGCGAUCUCCAAAGCUUAG